AAAUUCUAAUUAUUUAAUAUACCAUGACUAAAUAGUAAAUACCAAUCAAAUAAAGUCUUCUUCCCCAUUCAUACAAUUAAGCAUCAAGAUUAAGCAAAGCAUCUUGUACUAAAUCGUUAUUUGGUACAAGAAAGCAUCUUGUUCUAACUAUAAUAUUAUAGUUGACAUUGACUAAAUAACAAGUCAAUACCAAAUAUAAUAAAAUAUUUCCACGUUCUUGAUUGCGACUUCAUCUUAGUCUCGCAAGAAAGUUCUGAAAAUAAAUCGUGGGUGUAUGUAUUUUUUUUCCCCUUCCCUAACUAUAAAUUGCUGUCUGAAAUCUUGCGGUGACAUACUUCAAUCAAAGAUUUGGGUUUUUUUUUUUCUCUUUCUCAUUUUUGUUUUUUGCAAUCCCUAAUGGAGAGUGAGCUUGAGAUUGCCAAUGGAGAUGCCACGUAUGAUCUCAGUUCUAUUCUGUCCUCCCCAAACAGGGAUUACCUUGUCCGCAACAAUGGUGACCAGGUUAAAUUCGAUAGUUUUAAGGGGAAGAUAAUCGGGGUGUAUUUCUCCGGGUCGUGGUGCGGUCCGUGCCAGUGGUUCACCCCGAAAUUAGUCGAGGUCUACAAUGAACGAGCUCAAAGUAAUAACUUUGAGAUUGUUUUUGUAUCUCGCGAUGCAGAUGACGAGUCAUUCGAUGCUUAUUUCUCCAAAAUGCCUUGGCUUGCAAUUCCGUUUUCCGAUUCUGACACGCGCGAGAAAUUGAAUGAAUUGUUCGGUGUGAGUGAAAUACCCCACCUUGUAAUCCUUUACGAGGAUGGGAAGAUAUUGACGAGUGAAGGAGUACGAGUCAUUGUAGAAAACGGGUCCGACGGGUACCCUUUUACUUCCGAGCAAAUCGAGAAACUCAGGAAACAAAGAGAAGAAGCUAAGAUGAAUCAAUCCUUAAAAUCUUUACUUGUGACCGAAUCCAGGGACUAUGUUAUUACAUCUGAUGGGAAAAAGGUUCCUGUUGCUGAGCUGGAAGGAAAGACGGUGGGAUUGUAUUUCGUAUUCGCCACUGUCUACGAAUGCCUACAUUUUAAUCCGAAGCUUAUCAAAGUGUACAACAGUUUGAGAGAAGGGGGAGAAAGUUUCGAAAUUGUGAUGGUACCCCUAGACGAAGAUGAAGACUCGUUUAGUGAAGAGUUUGAAAAGUUACCAUGGUUAUCGUUGCCUAUAAAUGACAAAUGCUGCCUCAAGCUUGCUCGGUAUUUCGAGCUCGGUGCCAUCCCAACUGUGGUUAUUAUCAGUCCAAAUGGAAAGACACUUCAGUCAAACGUUGUUGAAGCAAUCGAGGAACACGGUGUGAAGGCUUAUCCUUUCACACCCGAGAAAUUCGCAGAGCUUGAAGAGAUCGAAAAGGCGAAGAGGGAAGCUCAGACACUCGAAUCCCUUUUGGUGAAUCAAGAUUCCGAUUACGUUAUCGGAGAAGAUGGAGUCAAGAUUCCGGUUUCCGAUCUUAUCGGAAAAGACAUCUUGCUAUACUUUUCGGCCCAUUGGUGCCCUCCUUGCCGAGCUUUUUCCCCCACACUCACAAAAGCAUAUGAAGAAAUCAACAAAAACAAUAAAAGAUUAGAAGUGAUAUUCAUCUCGAGCGAUAUAGAUCAAAAAGCGUUCGAGGAUUACUUCUCGGAGAUGCCAUGGCUAGCACUCCCGUUUGGCGACAAGAGGAAGGAAUCUUUGAGCAGUUGGUUCAAGGUGGAGGGAAUCCCAACACUCGUUGCAUUGGGGCCCACGGGCAAAACGGUUUCGACCGAUGCCCGCGGGCUUAUCAUGGCCCACGGUGCGGAGGCUUAUCCUUUCACUAGAGAGAGAAUCGAGGAGAUCGAAAAGGCGUUCGAGAAAAUUUUGGCGGGGUGGGCCCCGAAUCUGAAGUGCGGGGCCCACGGGCACGAGCUUUUCCUUACUAAGAGGAAGAAUUUUGUGUGUGAUGGUUGUAGUGAAGAUGGGAGUGUGUGGUCUUAUUAUUGUGAGAAGUGCGAUUUUGAUUUGCAUCCAAAGUGCGCUUUUGAUGAAGAGAGCAAAGACAAAACUGCAGCACAAGAGUGGGUUUGUGAUGGAGACAAGUGUUAUAAAGAAUGAAAAGGAAUGAAUUAAUAAUUGCUGCAUAUAUAAUAUAAUAUUAUAUUAUAUAAUAUGAUAUGUCAUAAUAAAAGUUGAUAUAUAUGCAGUGGGUGUGGUGUGGUUGAGUUUGGACCAUGGUUUGGUAGUGUGGAUUUUUCUGUUUGUUAUAUGUGUUGUCAUAUAAAUAAAUUAACUUAUUGGUGUAUAUUGUGAUAUAUACUGUAAUUAAAAUACCCAUUUUCUUUCUCGGAUGAAAUUAAAGUUUUGUUCAUGUAAAUUGUCACAUGUCAACUUAUACUAAGAUUAUUUUUCAAUC